AUGACAGGAACAGCUACUGACGUGUGCGAGGCUGAACUCGACGCCUUGUUUCAGCAUGUCAACUCUGCAUACUGGAAGAUGCCGUCAGUUGUGACUUGGAGCAGCAGGAGAACAGACAGGACGAAGAGACUGCGAGAGGCUUGGUGGGACGAGCUUCAGUUCCAUGAGGGUUGGGCGGUCACACAAGGCCGUUGCGUUGCUCUGCCGCAAGAAUGGAGCAUUCAGUUCAAACUCCAAGUCCCCAGCUUGAAUGGUGACAUCUGUCAAAUCGUCAGGUACCGACCAUCUGCUGUAGAAACAUCAAAACUUGAACGAGGCAACAAGGUGUUUGUGCUUGAGCCAUCAACAUCGCUCAAAGAAAGUUCGAGUGACGACGUUCUGUGCAAGGAAGACAGGGACAAGAAGCGAGAAGGAGUGCUGGUUGACACAUGCGGCGAGUUCAGUCUAGUAAAGAUCGACGAGCAGAGACAGACAUGGUACAGGACUACUUGUUUGCGUCAAACUAUGAGGACAGUCAGGGGACUGGUAACUGACCACGUGCCGAUCGAAGUGACAAGUACUAAACAAUUUGUCAAGCCUUCACAAGCACAUUUCUCUGAUUCUUCUCAUGACGUCGGACAGAAACUCUCUGAGAAUUCAAAGCUGGUAGAGGUGGAAUGGUCAUCAAACAUCAGAGGUUAUCACAGGAAAGAAGAUCUGGAGGCAGUAGAGGACGUGGAGCAGGAGAUCGACUCAUUGAUAUGUAUCCAUCACGGUUUCUUGGGGUGUCGAUUCAAAGGAAGGUUUUAUCCGGCAGUUCCAGGAGUGAACUUGAACGAUCUUGCUAGGGGGAACUAUGACAUUCACGUUCGCAAGAUGCAAGGCAUGCUUCAGUUCAUCGUUGAUGACGUCAUAGUCGGUAUCUCCUUCUACCCAGGCCCUUGCGCUAUCAGCUCAUUCGGAAACGUGUAUCGACUGCCAUGCUUGCAUUGCACACAAACACACAUACAAGACGUGUGCGCUUUAUGUGAAUGCUGUAGCAGGGUGGGGGGAAGGAGAUGCGGCAACGCAGCUGCUCGUGACUCCAGCUGGAGUUUCUGUCAUGUUCGUCUUGCCAGGCAGGCCUGCAGGUUGAAGGACAUCAGGGGAGCAGAGAAGCAGCUGGGCCCUCUAGAGCUAGCACAUGCCAUCUAUCAAACGAUAAGCCAAGCUCACCCUAUCGCCUUAAGUGACUUACAAGCUGAGUUGCUCGAGGACAGCAGGGCUUUUGCUGGAUGCCUGCUUCAGCUACUGAAGCAUCAGCCGCACGUGCUCGAGAUUUUGAUGGAAACAGCUCCAGAGCUUUUGCAGGGGAUGGACGUAAGCAAAGAGAUGAACUUCUACGGUGUCAAGGGGAGCAUUGGAGCUCAUUUCCUGCUGGUAUCUCUGCAGUGCCGUCAGAAAAGUUUUGACACGUUGUCACGUUGUUUGGUGUGUCGGGUCGAUUGGAGCGAACAGGUCAAGAGCUGUCAGAGAUCAGAGGAACUUGCGACGAUGAUGAUCCGCAAUGUGUUGAAGUCGACGCCACUACUGAACGGAGAGCAAGGGGACGUGACGUCUGAGUUCGAGUCAAUGGUGGAAGAAACGAUCCCAUCCAGCUGGAGGGAGGGAGUCGAGUACUCCUUCGACGCUCUAGCGAUAUUCUCUCAUGGCGAGCUCUGCCUUGUAAGACGUUCCGACGGUUCGAUUCGAUUCGCAAGGGUGAGCAACGUGAGAAGUUCGAUGUUGAAGGAUUCUUCCUCUGCCAACUCCAUCAGGUACGACUUGGACGUCAGCAAGGACGGGAAAGUCUCCAGAGACAACCAGAAACCGGGGGAACACAUGGCAAAGAUCCUGGCAAACCGUUCAAAGAAUCACGUCACAGUGAGUGAUGUAAUAGCGCUGCUGCAAUCAAACUCAGUCAAGAUGUCUUGUGAUGAUUCUUUCACCCUCGUUGAACUGCUGAUGGAAGUUGAAGUUGCUGCCAGUGAUGCAGUCAUACCGAUGCUCGAGCUGCUGCACGAUAUCAAGCUGAGCUCACCUCUGCUUACAUGGAUCGUGUGUAGACUACUGGAGGAGGAAGAGACAAGCGCCAAAUUCGGGUCUCUGAAUCGCAUGCUUUGCUCUAUCACAAAGUUGCGAUUCUCCACUAGAAGGGAAGAGAUCGUACAGCAAAUCUUAUCCGAGGGAUUUCUCAAGAGGUUCACUAUCAACAUGGCUGACGCUUAUCCUAAGCAGAAGGAAUCUUUCUACAAGGAGAGCUGUGGUGAAGUCUUGACGCACAAGCUCAUUCAGUCCUGCAGGUCAUACUUGUAUGACGGUUCUUCUCUUCUCCUUCCCCAGGGUGUUCAGUGGAUGAUGUUCCGCUGCAACCUGACCCUGUCAAGCAGAGUCAGUCACGUGCUAGUCAAAAUCCUCCGCCCUUCUCCUGACUCCUCCCGUCUCAAACGAAAGUCCUCCCCGUGGUUUCACCUCGCUUGGACCCCUCCCCGCUUCCUCCCCGCCCUCUCUCCUCGCCGAUGCAGACGCCGCAUGUACGAGCACGGCUUCGCCUACUGCCCCAGCAAGGGCGUCAAGUACAGCAGCGGCGGCAAGACCCCCUACGCGCAGAGGAGGCUCAAGCCCGGGGACGUGAUCGCAUGCUCGCUGGACUGCGAGAGGCGAGAGAUCCGCUACUUGGUCAACGGGGAGGACCUGGGGGUAGCGUUCGGGGAGGAGGAGGUGACGGAGGAGGCGGUGGGGGAGGGGCUGAGGUUUACGGUGACGCUGGGGCCGGGGCAGGGGGUUGAGUUCGUGAGUACGGAGGAGGAGGAGGAGGACAAGAAGAGCAAAGGUGAAAGCUUGUUGGAGGUUUUUCAGUACGAGAGAUCGAUGAAGUCUUGGAUACGAGUACCUCGUUCCUCUCAGCUCCUGCAGUCGUUGAUCUUUGCUGCCCCUCAGCUGGACUUGUGCUCGCCUUGUGUAAUACAUCAGCCUGUGGAGGACAUGCUUUCCUUUUUGUCCCUCGAAGGCCUGCAGCUUCAUCUGCGAGCUAGCGGGAGAAGACUUGAGUGCCGGAUAGAAGGCAAGACGGCAGUGGUUGUCAACGUCAUACGACUUAAGGAACUUGCAACGUACGAUGAGAUUGAGCUCAACAACAGGUUCCGCUUCAAAGUGAUGAAGGUCAAACAUGAGAUGAAAGUCAUCCUGAAAGAUUUCUGCCAGGCUCUAGAUGUACCUUUGACACUUGACUGCCAGAGCUCCCAGCUAGACCGAUGGAAAGCACUAGAGGUGUUGAAGUGCUUGAAUGAGAUUGAGUUUCUGUUUCAAGAUCAAAUCUUUCAUCUCGUUGACGUUAUCGUCUUUCUCUUGCUACAGCAGCAGCUCACGCUGACACAGAUGGAGCAGAUAGUGACUGAGAUGUACGAGAGCUACAAGGACAGUCAAGGUUUCAUUCCAUGUAAAGUUGUGUGCGACCUGAUCAAGACGCAAGGCAAGAACAAGUUCACAGCCGACAAGCUGCUCGUUGAAAUGCUUUCUUUAUCUUAUGGCUCAGAUAUCAGAUUAGAGAUGUCCAAGUGGAAGACGUUGAGAGAAGAAAUGAUUCAAGCUUUUGAUGUUGACAUAUCAAAUCCGACACAAAUACUUCAAAGGAUGCUGCAACCCAAUCUCGACCUGACGAGUACCUGUUUGCUGAAAUGCGAUCGAGACAUGUUUGACAGCAUUGGAAUGAAGCUUCUUCAUCAUCUCGCUACCCCAAACAUCAUCUACAGCUUCGAUGGCGACAGGCUGUGGCAUUCUGUUUCAAACGCAUAUCCCUGCGUUACAUAUCGGGCAGGAAAGCACAGGAAGAGAGGGUUUGCCUUGUAUGCUGUCAAGGUGCUCCGAGAGACAUCUGACGUCGGCAGUCGAUACGAUCCCUGGCUCCACCUCGCCUGGACGACACCAGCAUAUCACCCCAACACUCACCUGAGAUGCAGACGCCGCAUGUACGAGCACGGCUUCGCCUACUGCCCCAGCAAGGGCGUCAAGUACAGCAGCGGCGGCAAGACCCCCUACGCGCAGAGGAGGCUCAAGCCCGGGGACGUGAUCGCAUGCUCGCUGGACUGCGAGAGGCGAGAGAUCCGCUACUUGGUCAACGGGGAGGACCUGGGGGUAGCGUUCGGGGAGGAGGAGGUGACGGAGGAGGCGGUGGGGGAGGGGCUGAGGUUUACGGUGACGCUGGGGCCGGGACAGGGGAUCGAGUUUGUAGGAGGAAAGGAAGAAGGGAGAGAGGAGGAGGCGAGUGAGGGAGAGAUCUUUCAUCGCGAUACCAACGAGUGGAGGAGAGUCAUCAGCAAGGUAGACGACCUUAAGUUGCUCCGAGUCGCUCGGUCAGUCCUGCGAUCUUUACAAGGGUCCUUGGACGUCGUAGUCUUGCAGGAUGAUUUCCGAGCUGGAGACUUGGUGGCAGUGAGAAACGAGAUUCUGGAUCCCCGAUACGGGAUGAGACUGCAGACAAGUUUGACAUCAACGAUAGGGAGAGUGAAGUCAGUUAUGGGAGAUGAACGAGAACAGAUGAAAGGUACUAGUGACGUUCAAGUCUCAAUCCUUGGCAGAGACUUCAAGUUUAUCGCUCGUGAGUUGUACAGAGUGGAUGCUGAUGCUCGUCGAACAAGAGUGGAGAAAAGACAGAUGCUAAUUCAAAUGAUAAACAGAAGAAUCUUUGAGAGGAGAGGCGACUUGACGUUCAUUGCACGUGUUGUCGAAGCUUUCUCUGACGUCGUCAGAGACAAACCUGAGAUGUCUUCGAUCAUAGAGGCAUGUUCGUGCGCUCUUGGGCAAUCGGUGAGCAAUCUUGAUCAGUUGAAUGUGCUUGCUCGCUUUCCAAUGGAGUGGAAAUACCUUUCGUUAUUACAGACGCUCAAGGUUGUAAUGCGAACCGCAUGGGCUGAGGGUCAACUAGAAAACUUGAAGAAGGCUCAUCUCAAUCUCAGAUGUAUUUUAGAGGACGCAAAGAUUUCUCAGCUCAACAAUGUAUCGCACAUGAUUGAAACAUGCUUGCUGCCUUGCUUGGAUUUACUUCCUUGCUGCCUAACAUCGAUGGGAUCAAAGUUCAGCAUCCAUACUGAAGUAAUGCUCGAGCUUGUAAGAAUUGUGAACGAAUUGAUCCAGAAACAUAAUCCGCAACAUAAUGUUGCGAUGUCAAUGGGAAACUUAAGUUCUCUUGUUAAAAUUCAUCACCGAUAUCAAGAAUUUGAUAGCAACAAAAAAAUGAUAAUUGAACAAACUUGGGCAGACAUCUUGCACAGUGCUGACUUGAUAGUAAAACUCAGUGGUCCUGAGAUAUAUCAAGGUACGCGGACACAUGUGUCAGAGGAUCUCUACAAAGUUGCGCUACAGAUUGAAGACAUGGCAGUUAGAUCGAUGAUUCUUCUUAUGCUCUACAAACAUUGCUCUAACUUGAAGAGCAAGAUUGUUGCUGAAGCAUUCUUCACGAGUCAAUCAAGCUUGACUGAUAACAGUGAGAGCAAACUACUUUUGCGACACUUGGCUGAGGACAGUACAAACUACCAGCAGGCAGACUUCUCCACGUUGACAGACGCAAUCAAGCUGGCGAUCAGAGCUGGGGUGGAGUUAAGUUCGCCAUGGCAGAUGUCAGGUGAUGGAGAGGAGGCAUCGACGGUAAGGCUGUCAAUCUUGAGACUCGUUCUUGAGCAACAAGUCCCCGUGCUGAAGCAAACAAACAAGUUGAGAAACAGAUCUCAAGACAACAACCUCAUCAUUCAGCCUGCUCCUGUGCUCUCCUCCGGUCGACAUACCUUCCUCCUCAAGCUCCUCUCCCCCCUGCCCGCCUCCUCCCCCUCCCGUCUCUCCCCGUGGCUUCACCUCGCCUGGACCCCUCCCCGCUUCCUCCCCGCCCUCUCUCCUCGCCGAUGCAGACGCCGCAUGUACGAGCACGGCUUCGCCUACUGCCCCAGCAAGGGCGUCAAGUACAGCAGCGGCGGCAAGACCCCCUACGCGCAGAGGAGGCUCAAGCCCGGGGACGUGAUCGCAUGCUCGCUGGACUGCGAGAGGCGAGAGAUCCGCUACUUGGUCAACGGGGAGGACCUGGGGGUAGCGUUCGGGGAGGAGGAGGUGACGGAGGAGGCGUUGGGGGAGGGGCUGAGGUUUACGGUGACGCUGGGGCCGGGGCAGGGGGUCGAGCUUGUGAAGGUGACCAGAUUUGCAGGCUCGGAGGAGGAGGAGGAGGAGAAGAGGGUUGAGGACCUUUCGUGGGAAUAUCUUGAAAUUCGAUACAAGAAGGGCAAAAGGAAGUUUGACAGACGCGAAGAGACUAAGUGA